AUGGUCGGCACCGGUAGAUACAGACAGGAGCAGAUCCACUUCAUCGUGCAGUCCAAGCGCCAAGGCAUGUCCAACGCCGACAUUGUCGUCCAAUUCAAGCUCCGCUGGGUCUUCCACGACUUCACCAUCGGCAGCGUCAAGUACGUCGUCAAUAAAUAUCGCAACGAUCCUACUUAUGAUGCCCCCCUUGUCAUGCCUCCCGUUCUGCAACAGAACCAGGCUUAUCACAAUAACCUUGCCAUGACCGCUGCCAUCGCAGCCGCUCAGGAGUUCACCCGCGCUGGCGGUGUCCUCCCCGCUGAUUUCCCCGGCUUCGUCUCUGGCUCUGGCUCUGCCCAGCAGCAGUCCUCCUCCAUGACCACCACCACCACCACGAACCCGCAAUCUCAAUCCGGAUCCUCCAUCCAGCAGCCCAUCAACCUGGAUGACUAUCAAUACAAUGCCUAUCAGCCCCUGGCCCCAAAUUCUGAAUCCCAGCCUAUGGCGCCGACGCCAGCUCGCAAUCCGAGACACCGCCGCACUCAGGGUCGUGGUCGUCAGUUGGUCGGCACUUAUCAUCCGGCUCCUGCUCAGUGGAUGAGAGCUCAGCAGCAGCAGCAGGAGGAGAUGCAGGAUGCACAGGAGGAGAUGCAGAUGCAGGCUCAUAUCAUGGACGCGUUGAAUGCUGCGACGCAGUUUUUGGAUCCUAAUUUGGACCCUAAUUUGUUUGCUGAUGGUAGUCAGUCUAUGAUGGCUCCUCCUCCUCCACAAUCUUCUUCUUCUUCUUCGAAUGCCGCAGCGGGAGCUGCACAGCAGUUCAUGAACCCUCGCACUUCUCCGCAGUCAUCUCAGCAGAUGCCUUCUUAUGGCUCGCCGGGAACCCAGCAGUUCAUGAACGAUGACUUUUAUGGUGCGGCAACGCGCAAUUCUCCACAGUCAUCAUUUCAGCAGAUGCCUUCUUACGACUUGUCGGGGUCUACCCAACAGUCAAUGAACGACAACUUUUAUGGUGCUGCAACUCGCACUCCUCCACAGUCAUCACAGCAGAUGGCUUCUUAUGGCUCGUCGGGAGCUGCACAGCAGUUCAUGAACCCUCGCACUCCUCCACAGUCGAUGAACCCCCCUCCUUCUCCACAAUUUUCUCAUGGCGCGGCGGGAUCUAUCCAGCAGUCCUUCGACCACAAUAUGUAUGGUGCUGGAAAUCAGUCUAUGGCUCCUCGUUCCUCUCCACAGUCUUCAUCUCAGCCGAUGACCCCCCGCCAGUACGGAGGAGCCGCUUCUCGCACGUCUCCACAGUCUAUGAGCAUGAACCCUCCUACCACUCCACGGCCAUCUUCUCAGUCGAUGUCUGCGUACGGCUUGUCGGGAUCUACCCAACAACCCAUGACCCCCCACCAAUACGGAGAUGCUUCUCGCACUUCUCCACAGUCCAUGAACCCCCCCACCACUCCACGGCCAUCUUCUCAGUCGAUGUCUGCGUACGGCUUGUCGGGAUCUACCCAACAGCCCAUCACCCCCCACCAAUACCAAUACGGAGCCACGUCUCGCACGUCUCCACACUCUUCAUACGGCUCGCCAGGAUCUUCUACCCAGCAGCCCAUGACCCCCCAACACUACGGAGCCGGCAGUGUAUACCUAGCUCCUCGUACCUCUCCAGAAUCCAUCCGAGAGAUGACUCGUCGCGUCUCUACGCCGUCCAUGUCUUCUCGUUACGACUUGCCGGCAUCUACCCAGCAGUCGAUGAACCCCCCGCAGUCGAUGGCUGCUUAUGGAUCUACUCGUCAGAGUAAGAUUACUCAGUAUUAUGGCGUCAGUGGUCCGCAGAUGACUCCUCGUGCCUCUCCACGUCCAUCUCAGUCCAUGAACUACAAUCAGUAUGGUGCUGGUGGUCAGAAUAUGGCAGCCUCUCGUGCCUCCCCACAAUCCUCUCAGUCGAUGGCUCGUGCCUCUUCACAGUCCUCUCAACAAAUGAGCCACAACCAAUAUGGUGCUGGCAGUCAACACAUGGCCGCUCCUCGCGCCUCUCCACAAUCCUCUCAAUCGAUGGCUCGUGCCUCUUCACAGUCCUCUCACCAAAUGAACUAUAACCAGUAUGGUGCCGGCAGUCAACACAUGGCCGCCCCUCGCUCCUCUCCACAAUCCUCCCAGUCGAUGGCAUCUUACCAACCAUCCCCCAGUGCGACAAACACCGCUCGCCAACGCCCUGCGGCCAGUCAGGCCAAUCCAAACCCAUAUCCAUUUGGCAAUCCUGCAAUGAACCCUUACCUAUAUCAAGGCGGUACUCAGCAGAUGACACCUCAUCAACAUCAAGCCGGACAGCCAAUGGCCCCGCGACGAUAUUCAGGACAGCCCAUGGACCCGCGCCAACUCCAGCCCGGUAGACAGCGAAUGGGCCCUUAUAGCCCCCAAAACAUUCGUCAGACCAACAUACCUCCCCAAGACGUUCUCACCUCUGGUACUUCCCAAUCUCAGCCCGGUACUUCUUAUCCCCGUGCCGGCGAUCAACCAGUGGCUCGUUCUCGCCCCUAUACAGGUAGUCCUGCCAAAGCUGCUUCCGGAUAUCAGGCGUCCCUUCUGGCGAAAGGAGUCCCUCCAUCCGCGGGGUCAGGUCCGACUACCACCCCUCUCAAACUUACUGGCAUUAGUCAGACCCGACCCCCUCCAACUUCCGAGGAAGAAUUGAGGGCAAGAAAGCUGCUCUUUGCGCAGGCUUUCAGCCAUGUCGUGUCGAACCCAGGGAUGUUCCCUCCCUACGAGCCUUCGGCGGAACCGGUGGCUCCGGUCUCCCCGGUGGUAGGCAAGAAGAGAAAGGCGGACUCGCCUAUCUAUGAAGAAUCGGCCUCAAAGCGCCGGAACGUGGCUGGCUUUGCUGCAGAGCAACCGAUUCUUCUAGAUGACGAUGUCGCGACCGCUCCUUCGACGCCGCCACAGCUCACUUCUUGUCCCCCUGCGACGGCACCGCUAGCUCCGGUAGCCCAGGCCGACAAGAAGAGGAAGGCGAACUCUCCGGACUUCGAGGAACAGGCCUCGCUGGAGGAACCGGCCUCGAAGCGACACGACGUCGUGGGCCUCGGGCCAGCAGACCCAGUGGACUCUUCGCCCUCAGAGGAGGCGUUCGAGCCACUGCCUGCCCCCGAGGGCUAUGACCCCGCGGUCCUUCGCCGCAUAUUCGAGGGCUUCUUCCCGUGCAAUGCACCUUCGACAAACCCCGUCCCACCUGCGCCGGGGGGCCAGGAUCAGGACCAGGUCUCUGGAACUUAUUUCCAAGACCUCGUAGAAUGCGGGGAAACUCCAGUCGAAUCACCUGCGCCGGGGGGCCAGGGGUUCGCGGAUGAGUACCCAGACUACGAAGGGUACGAAGUAGUGGAAGAAGAGGAGCAACCUGCGUCGUGGGACCAGGACUCCAAUAGUGUGGCCUCGAUCGACGAGGAGUCUGAAGAACCGGCCUCGCCAGCCGGGGAGGAUUUCUCAGAGACCGAUUCUCUCUUCGGAGACGACGGGGAAGAUCUGCCAGCCUCGCAAGCUGAUGAAGACUUCUCGGAGUCCGACUCCCUUUUUGGAGAAGGCUCCCUCUUUGGAGACGAUGAGGAGGCGCAAGCUCCUCUGCCUGUUACCGAAGAGUCGUCGGAUAAGCCCCAGGACGUCCCGUCCCCUGGGCCGGUCAUGCCACAGACCGUUAAGGGCAAGCCUCAGGAGUUAUUCCCGAUCCCUGAGCCGGAUAUCCAGGAGGAAUCCGUUAUGGGACGUCAGACAUGGGCGGAAAACUUGGACGCGUUCCUCAAGUUCGACUUCCUCACCGAGGAAGGUUACGAAGAGAGAGAGCAAGCCUUUCUCGCGAACGCGCCCCUCGAUUUUCCUAGAGGAGAAUAUGCCUACAAUCGCUGAGGCUAUGUUGCGCCUCCCAUUCUGGGUCGCUCCUCAUUUCCGAUGAUGGGAUUGUAUCGCGGCAU